UUAGUGGUGGGAUUCAUUGUUAUUUACAACAAUGGAAUUUUGCGGCCAAAUCUAUUCGUCUGCUCAGAAUUGCCGCUUUUGGUGAAUUUGCUGGCCGGACCUGCCAAAUAUACAAGUGGCUGAGAUAAUGGACAGAAAAAAAAAUUGUUAUUCUUUAAACCAGUCAACCAAGGACAAGAGAAACACUAAAUCUCUGAGUUACUCUAAUGUGGGCUGGUUAACCUAAUCUCUGCACAGGGCUCCCUGCUCUCUGUAUAUAAGGCCAGGUUUACAGUGCACACAGCACUUUAAUAAGUCUUAACAGCUCAUGUGCAAGUCAACUCUUCUAUAGUAAACUGCCCACAAAGGAUGGCUUGUUAUUUCAAUUUAAUUUCCUUUGUUAUGUUGCUCUGCGUUAUUCUCUCAAGGUUUUCAACUGAUGAAGCUAUUCAUAUAAACUCCAGCUCUGUCAGAGAACUGCUUAUCUCCUCAUAUCAAGACGCAGCCUCACUCCACACUAGAAAACGACAAAGCCCAUCCUCGUCUUCCACGCAUGUGUUUGCUUUCCUUCGACAACCCGACCCUGAGACCCUGGAGAUUUCCCAAGCUGCAGAGGUUUUUCAAACAACUCUACAAGUCCUAAAGAACAGAGUGAGGCAGAGGUAUAAAAGGGAUGUCACGGCAACAGAGUUGCUUUCCUGGGAGGAUGUGGAGCUGAUUGCAGAGCUUUCUCAAUGUCCUCCUCCAACACAUCCAGCCAUCUGUCUGCAAAGUCAUCUCAACAAGUACCGCUCUAUAUCUGGCCUCUGCAACAACAGGCAAAAUCCUCUCUGGGGAGCAGCCAACACUCCCUUGGUCAGGUGGCUUCCAGCUGAAUACGAAGACGGAGGGAGAGAACCCAAGGGUUGGAACCGAGGACGGCUCCAUAAUGGAUUCCAACUUCCCUCGCCGUGGGAAGUCAGCAAGAAAAUAUUGAGGAGCUCCGUUAAACGGCCAGAUGGUGUUUAUUCUCACAUGCUGGUGGAUUGGGGCCAGUACAUCGACCAUGACAUAACCUUUACUCUUCAAAGCAAAGGCAGUGCUGGGGUGGACUGUUUUAACACAUGUCGAAAUGUGCAUCCAUGCUUUCCCAUUGAGACAGGUGAUGUUAUCACUGGUGCGCAAGGCUGCAUGCCUUUUCAUCGCUCCAGACCAGCCUGUAUAGUCAAUUUUGGAUCAAGUAUUCAUCAAGCUCUGCAGCAACAACAGAUAAAUGCCAUCACAUCAUUCAUCGAUGCUUCACUUGUGUAUGGCGACACUCCAAGGCGGGCCGGCUUCCUCCGUGACCUCUCAAGCCUCAAUGGGAAACUUGCUGUCAACGAUCAAUUCAGAGAUCCCAAAGGAAGACCCUACCUUCCAUUUGUAGCCUCUUUGCCAUCAGCCUGCAAUCAGAACCCGCACGGGGAAAGAGUGGAUUGUUUCAAUGCUGGAGACACUCGCUGUAAUGAGGAUCUUCCCCUGAUCGUUCUGCAUACAGUGUGGCUUAGGGAACACAAUCGGAUUGCAGAGGCACUGAAAAACAUUAAUGGUCACUGGAACACGGAGACCAUUUACCAAGAAACUCGCAAAAUUAUUGGAGCUCUGCAUCAGAUUAUAACCAUGCGAGAUUAUGUUCCAAAAAUCAUUGGCAAGGAGGCUUUCGAACAUUACAUUGGCCCCUAUGGUGGAUAUGAUCCAACUACGGACCCCUCAGCUGCCAAUGUGUUUGCCACCGCUGCAUUCAGGUUCGGCCAUGCUACCAUCUCUCCGAUCCUCAGCAGACUUAACGAGAGCUUCCAGGAGCAUGAGCGCUUCCCCCACUUGAGAUUGGACGACACUUUUUUCAGUCCAUGGAGAAUAGUCAAAGAAGGUGGAAUUGAACCAACUCUGAGAGGCUCAAUUGGAACUGCAGCAUCAGCUGUCAGCGCAAACAUGCUGAUGACAGAGGAGUUAACAGACAGGCUGUUACUUUUGAACGUGUCACAGCACAUGGACCUGGCUUCAUUGAACCUGCAGAGAGGACGUGAUCACGCUCUCCCAGGCUACAAUCAUUGGAGAUCAUUCUGUGGACUGAAGCGCAUCAAGACACUGGAUGAUUUCAAAGAGGUUGUUAGAAACAACAGGGUUGCUGAGAAGAUCGCACAGACAUACAAACAUCUUGACAAUAUUGAUGUAUGGCUUGGAGGGCUUGUUGAGGACAUGUUGCCAGGCUCAAGAACUGGUCCCCUCUUUGCUUGCCUGAUUGGAAAGCAGAUGAAAGCACUUCGUGAUGGCGAUAGGUUUUGGUGGGAGGCUGAUGGAAUAUUCAGCCAGCAGCAAAAGGCAGAGCUUAUUAAAGGCUCUUUGUCUCGCAUCAUCUGUGACAACAGCGACAUAAGGGAAGUUCCUCCUGAUUCUUUUAAGUUUGGGAAUUACCCCUAUGAUUACAUAUCUUGUGAUCAAAUGCCAGUGAUUCAUUUGGAAGCUUGGAAAGAGGAGAAAAGUCAAGACUUAGAACAGUGUGGUACUCCAAGAAAGAUAAAGAAUGGUGAUUUUAUUUUGUCCUCUGCAUAUGGCAAACUGAUUGCUCUAUACUCCUGUUACCAUGGUUUCAAGUUAAAGGGUGCUGCUGCAAUAGUUUGUGAGGGAUAUCGGUGGAGUGCUCCACCCCCACAAUGUAAAGGUACAUGAACUAUUUUUGCCAUGGAUUUGUUUCAUACCAUUUGUCUGUAAUGACUGUAAUGCUGUCUAUGUGAAGUACCCUGACUUAAAAAGGUUAAAUCCCACUUUUAUUAUAUGAACUGCUGCAAAUUGAAACAUACAUAUACAGAUCAAGUUUGAAAGGAUUUGGUUAUGAACUACAGUCAUAACCCAACACUUAUUUAUCCUUGGACAUGCAGUACUUUAGAGCUCUGGUCGGACUGGAGCUUUACUGCUAUCUGCUGGUACUGAUGGAGAAAUGUAAAUGUUCCCAUAGGAAAAACAUUGGGAACAUGGCUGCUUUAUGAUUUUGAACCAUCUGCCGAUGAGUCAAAGUCUUUGCAAUUAUUAAACCACCAAAUUAUUAAAUUGCACCUGCAGCAUUUGAAUACCACCCUUUUUUCAUAUCAGACAAGAGAUUUCGAAUCAGUUAACCACCUUUUCAAGCAGCCAUUAAUGUCAGUGUAGUAUAAAAAUCCUUGCAGUGACCUGGGCCUUGUUUAAAUUUGGUAAUUUAUCAAAGUAAACAGAAUGUCGUUUCAAAUUUAGUAAAGGUUGAUCAUUGAGUAGUAACAGUUCAGACCAGGGACUGAUUUAAAAACUUUUUUUCUCAAUAGUUCAAACAUUUCCAGGGAAAGUAUGAGAUAAAUGUUAUGAGAUUAAACUUCUUGUUAUAUUUCAAUGAGAUAAUGAUGACAAAAGAAGAAAAAAAACAGCACACUAAUAAUUAUAACAAAACUUGUGAUUUAAUAAGCUUAGCUUGUGCUAGCUCCUUAGUCAGGCUUUGUUAUUGAUGAUUGAUCAUCCGUGAUGUCACUGAGAAACAGGCAGAUCUUUAGUACGUCAGAAUUGCUUGGGCAUCUAAAGUCACUCGAAAUGUUCAGGCACUCAAACAAAGCUGCUUUCAAUCUACUCAAGAUUGCUCUACCAGUCUUUUCCCGUAGAUAAUUUUACAACAAACAUCAGUGAUGGCAACAACAUUUAUUUCCUGUUGAACUGUUGCUUUUGUCAACAGUUGCCAUAGAGUUCACUUGGAUCCAAUGGCUUUUGCAGUAACACCUGAUAGUGAAUGGGUCUUUAAUAUACAACAUUCUGACUGAUUACUUAUUACUGAUUAUCCAAAUAAUAUUUUUUUUUAAUUACAAGAUAUUUUAUUUCGCAACAUCGAGUGAGAAAAAUUUGAAUAUCUCUCAUAAUUCUUAGUCAGGUUUCUGUGUACUGUAUAGCAGAUUUCAGUGCGCUACUCUUUCUCCCUACAUACAAGGUUACACGAUUCAGUAAUCAACAACGGCAAACACGUUAAUGCAAGGGACCCGGGGACGAUUGGUUCUUUGAAGAAAUCAUGUAUUUUUUAGUUUACUCAGGUGAGUUGGGUGUUAACAUUACAAUACAAGCUGCCAGCCUUUGUGAGUUAUAUUCAUGCUGGGGAGAGAAAUGUUCAUGUUGUGGCAUGCUUAUGUUAUAUAACCAAAAGAAACCUCAGGAAAACAUUGUUAUCCUUGCUUUCUUUUUAUUUCAUGAUUUUGUUGACUAGCAAUAUGUUUUUGGAAAAAUGGAAUAAGACAUUUGUGUUUCAAUCAAACCUUAUUUUAAUUAAGAUGCUUUUUAAUAA